GCGCAGAUGAGCUCCAGCUUAUAAUGCAGGAGAAGAGGGACGAUGAACAACUAGCUCAGGGGAUGCGAGGAGCUUCCGAUUGGAUCUCAAUGUUCAGCUGUUGGACCUGCCCGGGCAUUUCAUCAGAACUCGUAGUACUCCCAUCGGCUUAGACAUCCGUCAUGACAUCGAUCACGGCCGAGUCCGUCUCGACCAUCUUGGUGUCGUGCAAGCAGACGCGCUUUCACAUCGAGAGCCCCAACUACCGGGAGCUCGAUAUUGAAGGCCUCAACAUCACGGUCACUUCCGGCGCGGCAGGCAAGGGCAAGGGCAAGGGGAAGGCAGCCGCCGAGGGCACCGAGAUCCUCAGCAACGCGAAGCUGCGCCUCAAGGCCGGGAGUCGCUAUGCAUUGGUUAGGAGGAACGGGUCGGGCAAGUCAACCCUGCUGCGGGCCAUCGCCGAGAAGCUCAUCCCCGGCAUCCCGGAGCAGACGAGGGUGUCCAUCCUGCAGCAGACGAGAAUUGGCGAUGCCGACACGGACGACCUCGCAGCGAGCAGCAGCAGCAGCAGCGCCGCCCGGGACGGCCCAACUGUGCUCGAGUAUGUGGUGGAUAAGGCGACGGCCAAGAGCGAGGUGGAGCAGGAGAUCAACUCACUCUCCGCCGCGGUGAACAGCGCAGAUCCGUACAGCCCGCUCCGGGCACUGCGGAAACUCCGUCUCGAGCGCAUGCAGAAACGCCUCUUCGUCCUCGACAAGGAUGCUCGGUUGCGGAGCGGCGCGAGAGGUCUGCAGGCGCGGAAGGCGCUGGUCGAGUACGAGAAGCUGGUCGCACAAGCCGCCGCGCUGAACGAGCAGUCUACCGAGGACAUCUCAGCCGAGACGCUGCAAGCAGAGACGCAAGAGGCCGCGGACAUGCUGGCCGAUCUCCAGCUGCAGGUUGAGCCAUCGCGGAUGGCCGACAUCGAAUCGCGCGCGAAGAAGAUCCUCGCCGGCCUCGGCUUCACCGACGCCUACAUGACCAAGACCGCCGCCAGCCUGUCCGGCGGGUGGCGCAUGCGCAGCGCCCUCGCGGCCGCCCUGCUGCAGGAAACCGACAUCCUGAUCCUCGACGAGCCGACCAACUUCCUCGACCUGCUGGGCAUCAUCUGGCUGCAGCGCCACCUGCAGAGCCUCGAGGACCUGCCCGCGCCGCCGACCCUCCUGCUCGUCUCGCACGACCGCGACUUCGCCAGCUCCGUGUGCACCGACCUGCUGAUCCUCAAGGACAAGGACCUGACCUACUUCCACGGCGACCUGCCGGCGUACGAGUCGGCGCGGGCCGAGAAGAAGCUGUACCUCACCAAGAUGAAGGAGGCCCAGGAGAAGCAGAAAGCCCACAUGCAGGAGACGAUCCGCCAGAACCUGGCGCAGGGCCGCAAGAACGACGACCAGAACAAGAUCCGCCAGGCCAAGUCGCGCCAGAAGCGGCUCGAGAACCGCGCCGGCAUGCAGGUCAACGAGAAGGGCGGCCGGUUCAAGCUGAACCGCGACCUGGCCGGCUACCACUACUCGGCGCGCGCCGAGAUCGUCGUGCCGCAGGACGAGCGCGGCGUGUCCAUCGCGCUGCCGGACCCGCCCGACAUGCGCUUCCCGGGCUCGCUCCUCUCGCUCGAGAAGGUCACGUUCCGGUACGCUUCCGCAACCAGCGCAACCAGCGCAACCGCCGCGCCGCCCACGCUGCAGGACAUCACCCUCACCGUCAGCCCGCGCGACCGCAUCGGCAUCCUGGGCCUCAACGGCGCCGGCAAGUCGACGCUGAUCCGGCUGCUCGUCGGCGCCCCGCCGCCGCCCGGCUCGCGCCAGACCGGCACCGUCACCACCCACCCGCGCCUCCGGCUGGGCUACUACUCCCAGCACGCGGUCGAGCAGCUGCAGGCGCUCGGGCGGGCCGAGCCGGCGCUGACCGCGCUGGCCCUGCUCGCGCGCGAGACCGCAGCAGCAGCAGCAGCAUCCGCGGCCGGAGGAGGAGGUGUCGAAGCGGCGGCGGCGGACCUGGGCGAGCCGGCGCUGCGCGGGCUGCUGGGCUCGCUCGGCCUGCCGGGGCGGCUGGCGUCGGACGUGCCGCUGCGCCGGCUGUCGGGCGGGCAGCUGGUGCGGUGCGAGCUGGCGCGGCUGCUGUGGCGGCGGCCGGGCCUGCUGGUGCUGGACGAGGUGACGACGCAUCUGGACUACGAGACGGUGGCGGCGCUGCGGGCCGCGCUGAGGGUGUGGGAGGGCGCCGUCGUGGUCGUGUCGCACGACCGCUGGUUUGUGCGGGGCGUCGUGGAGGGCGCGAGGGAUGACGAGGGGGACGGGGAGGAGGACGGGGAGGAGGAUGAGGAGGAGGAUGGUGAACGGGAAGGGGCCCCGAGGAGGAGGACGGUGUAUAAGCUGGCGAGCGGGAAGCUGAGUGUGUUGGAGGGCGGCGUGCAGCAGUUUGAGGAGGGGAUGGAGCGGCGGGUGCGGAAGUUGAUGGGUGAUUAG